CUAAGCGCAGCCCGCGCUGGGAGCAGCGCUGUGGGACCGGGGCGGUGUCCCGGGAGCCUCUCCCAGCUGCUGGGGCCGCUUUUCCUCCAGCCCAGCUCCUGUGCCCGCGAGCACAGCGCUCACCCUGCAGCCCUGCAGCGCGUUCCGAGGCUGGAACCGAUCGGUACCGAGCAUUUCCCGGGCACAGCGGGAAUUCCCGCUGGAGCCCCUCGGCCGGGCCGCAGCAGCCGCAGCCUGAGCGGGAACGCGAAGGUUAUCCCCGGGAAAUGGAGGGCUCGCUUGCUGCCCGUGUUGCCGUUUGAUGCUAUCUCGGCCCGCGGGGUGUUCACCGCCCCCGGCCGGGCCCGGCGCGGACCUGGGGCCGGAGGGGCGAUGCGGGCGCGGAGCCGCUCCACCCCUCGCUGUGUUUACCCCAAAUAAACGCGGGGGCCGCGGCCCGGCCCGCACCUUAAAAGCGGGGCAGGCGCGGGGCCAGGGGGGCCCGGCGGGGCUGGCCGAGCUGGCCCAUGCUGCAGGUGGGGCUCAGCCCGCCCCGCUGCCCCGGGGCCGCGGCCGCCGCCUGCCCCAUGGCCGAGCCGGCCGCGGGCGAGGAGCCGGGCACCGGGCCAGAGGCGCUGGGCUCAUCGCCGGUCACCAUCGUGGUCACGUCCGAGGCCGACACGUGGGACAUCGACGACACGUCCUCGUGCCGGGGCCGCGGGCACUUCGUGGACUGGGCCAAGAUGCCGGAGCCGCAGGGGCCGGCGCGGAUCCCGCGGGACGUCCUGGGCAGGCCCCCGAAGGAGCUGAAGAGGCUGGCGAGGGAAGGCUGCUGGGCCGGGAGCCACGCGGGCCGGGCCCGGCUCUACCCGCGGCUCAUCCAGCGGGUCUCCUGCCGCCUCGUCACCCCCGACGCGCUCGUGUACCGGGACGUGGCCGGCCGGCUCUUCGGGAAGCCCAGCGUGAGCUCGCACCCUCUGCCCGAGUUCCUGGAGGGCUGCCCCGUGCCCACCUACUGCCUCAGCCCGCACGGGGUCACGGCCCUGAAGAAGAUCCUCAUCUGCGUGGGCGCCCUGUUCCCCGACAUCACGCACAGCCCCCUGCUGCCCGCGCUGGCCGCGCUGCUGCUGCACUACAGCGAGGACGAGGCGCAGUGCUUCGAGAGCCUCUCGCGCCUCAUCGCCAGCAACGCUCCGCACGCCGCCUACAUCGACCAGUCCUUCCUGGCCCACCAGGCCUCCUGCAUGACCUUCGGGGACCUGGCCAGCAAGCACUGCCCGGCGGCUCACAAGCUCGUGGCCGGCGCCGCCGAGAACGUGCUCGAGGUCUACUCGGAGUGGCUGUCGUGGCUCUUCCCCGGGCUGCCCUUCGGCUACGCCGUGCGCGUGCUGGACGUGUUCCUGCUGGAGGGCCAGAAGGUGCUGUACCGCAUCGCCCUGGCCCUGCUCAAGCAGUUCAGGCUCUCGGCGGCCCCGGCCGGGCCGCAGGGCUGCGACGUCAAGGCGGAGCUGCAGGCUUUCGUCAGGAACAUCGCCGAGCACCUGACCGUGGACAAGCUCCUGGAGAGAGCCUUCGCCAUCCGCCUGUUCUCCCGCAAGGAGCUCUGGCUGCUGCACAUGGCCAACAGGAAGGCCUUGGUGGAGAGGGGCAUCACCGUGGUGCAGAGGAGGCCGUCCUUCCACCUGGCCGUGGACAUGCAGAAGUUCAGCUCCAGCACGGUCACGGCGCAGGAGAUGCGCCUCGUCUGGUCCUGGAUCCCCGAGCGCUUCUCGCUCUUCCCCCCGCUGCUGCUCUUCUCCACCUCCGAGGACGGCUGCAGCCUGCAGAGGUUCUACACGUGCUGUGAAGGCUACGAACCCACGGUGCUGCUCAUCAAAACCACCGAGGGGGAGGUGUGUGGGGCGUUUCUCUCCUCCGACUGGGCCGAGAGGAAGAAGAGCGGAGCCACGUCGGGCUUUUUUGGGACAGGGGAGUGCUUUGUGUUCACUGUGCGCCCCGAGGCGGAGCGCUACGAGUGGGUGCUCAUCAAGAAGCCGGAGCUGGCCAAGGCCGUGCCGCGCUCCCGGCAGCGCUCGCCUUCCCCCGCUCCCGAAUCCGCGCUCGGCUCCUCCCGGGACAGCUCCAGCCCCAAGCACCUGGCCGUGCCCUCGGCGCAGAGGAGAGGCCGCCUGUCCCCGUUCCUGGCCAUCAGGCACUUCCUGCUGCCCUCCAAAACUGCCUCCAUGUUCAUGGCCGGCUCCCGGGACGGGAUCGUCAUCGGUAAGGGGGGAUCGGUAUCGGUGUGGGGGGAUCGAUAUCGCCCGGGAGCUCCUCCCGAGAGCCCCAGGGCCCCCCAGCCCAAACCCUGCCGGGGUUCGGGGUUCGCUGCCCGGGGCUGCGGCGCCCCUGCCCGGCCCUGCCCUCCCUGCGUGCGGGGGCACCGGGGCAGGGCCCAGCCUGCGCUCGCCCUGCAGGGGGAGGGGGAGGGCCAGGCGCUGUCCCUGGACGCCAGCCUGCUCCGGGGACGCACGGAGCACUGCGAGACCUUCGACAACCCCCCGCUCUGCCAGGAGAACUUCCAGGUGCAGCUCUUGGAGGUGUGGGGCUUUCAAAGCGCGUAG